CCUGCAUUGAAAAGUCAAGACACACAGUCUCUGUUCUCUCCUCCUGUGCGCUUUCCUCCCCUCCCCAAAUCCUCCAUCACUACCCCCCGUCCACCUCUCUCUCUCUCGCCUGCUCUCUCGCUCUCACUCGCUCUCGCCCUCUCUCCAUCACCAUCCAGCCACACACAUAUACACUCAGAGAUCCUGCUGGAAGCAGGCACCGGAGGAGGCUCUCUCUGGCUCAGCAGCCCCGUCCAGAGUGCGCAUCCCCCGAAUAACAGCGCUGGCGUCCGGGCUGGAUCCCCACUCCAGGGAGAGAGCAGCCGAGCACCAGGGACCUUCAUUCUGCAGCCAUGUCUGAAUCUAUACUAGCCUUUCUCAGCAUUUCGGGAUUAUUUCUAAUCGCUAAGGUGCUGACAACAGUUGGAGCAGAGCAAGGGCCACUCGUGUGCCACGCGGGGGAUUUCCUGUGCCAUGACCAGCUCGCCUGUGUGUCUGAGGGCUGGCUCUGUGACGGAGAGCCCGACUGUCCGGAUGGUUCCGACGAAACUCUGGACAGAUGCACGCAGGAGGCGUCGGUGAAGUGUGCACUCAAUCACAUGCAGUGCCUCGGCACAAACACCUGCAUUAAUUUCAACAAGCUCUGCGACGGGGCCAAAGACUGCGAAGACGGCUUCGACGAGGGCGUCCACUGCAGAGAGCUGUUGCCCAGCUGCCACGAGCUGCGCUGUCGCUACGGCUGCGUCAUGGCCAGGAACGGGACCUUCUGCUUCUGUGGAGACGGCUUCCAGGUGGAGGCUGAUGGCCGCAGCUGUAGAGAUUAUGAUGAAUGUAGCGUGUACGGCAUGUGCAGUCAGACCUGCAUGAACACGUAUGGAUCAUACAGAUGCAGCUGCACAGAAGGUUACAUCCUGCAGGCGGACAGGAGCUCCUGCAAAGCCAAAAGCGAGCCUGGAGACAGACCUCCCGUGCUGCUCAUUGGAAGCACCCGGCACAUUGCCGUCACCUACCUUAAUGGAUCCUCGGUACCCAGCCUGAAGUCGCUGAGUACGAAUGGCACACAUGCCAUGGACAUUGACUACAACCAGGAAUCGGUUUGCUGGGUCACGUCCACUGAGCCUGGCAGGCAGCUACGGUACAGCAGGAUGCGGAAGCUGAAGAGCUUUUCCGAGGAGCGGACAAGGCGAUUCGGCCAGAAUCUGCAGAAUGUGGAACAAAUGGCCGUUGACUGGCUGACUGGGAACUUGUACUUUGUGGACCGGGUCAGUGACCGGAUAUUCGUGUGCAAUCAAGGCCAAGAUGCCUGUGUGACCAUCAUUGACCUUGACCUUCAGAACCCAAAGGGAAUCGCACUGGAUCCACUGAUGGGGAAGCUCUUCUUCACUGACUACGGCUCUCAGGGGAAAGUGGAGCGCAGCAACAUGGACGGCACCAACAGGACCCGUAUCGUGGAGCACAAAGUAGAGUUGCCCAGCGCUGUGGCCCUAGAUCUGGUGAAAAAGCUGGUGUACUGGGCAGACGCCUACCUGGAUUACAUCGAAGUGGUGGACUACUAUGGCAGGAACCGGCAGAGCGUCAUACGGGGCAGCUCGGUGUCAUACGUGCAUGGAUUAACGGUUUUCGAAGAUUAUCUGUUCGCCACAAGCUCUGACCCGAGCGCGGGAGACAAAGUGGACAUCCUCCAGAUUAAUCGGUUUAACGGGUCAGACAAGAGGACAUUAACUAGCAUGGAGAAUUCAAGAUGGAUACGUGUUUACCACAAACUGGCCCAGCCGACAGUGUGGAGCCAUGCCUGUGAGGCCGACGCCCACGGGAGGGCAGGGGGCUGCGGCCACAUCUGCCUGCUUGGCGGCAGCUACAAAGUGCGGUCGUGCCGGUGCCGGGCCGGCUUCGUCCUGGCGAGCGACGGCGCGUCCUGCAGCCGACCCAAGAACGAGCUGUUUCUGUUCUACGGGAAAGGCCGACCGGGAAUCGUACGCGGCCUGGACGUCCGUGCCAGUGAGUCCGGCGACGAGCACAUGGUGCCCAUCGAGGACCUUGUCAGCCCCAGGGCCCUGGACUUCCACGCCGAGACGAGCUACAUUUAUUUCGCUGACACAACUAGCUUUUUAAUCGGCCGACAGAAAAUCGAUGGGACUGGGCGGGAGACCAUCCUCAAAGACGACCUGGAUAACGUCGAAGGGAUCUCUGUGGAUUGGACAGCAAACAACUUAUACUGGACAAAUGACGGAUAUAGAAAAACUAUCUGCGUUGCCAGACUGGAUAAUGCCUCUGAGACCAGGAAAACCCUUCUGUCAGGAGAUAUGUCCCAUCCCCGAGCCAUUGUGGUGGACCCCCUCAACGGCUGGAUGUACUGGACAGACUGGGAGGAGGAUGAGGUGAAUGACAGCAUCGGCAGGAUCGAGCGGGCCUGGAUGGAUGGGUCGUCCCGGCAGGUCUUUGUCGCGUCCAACAUGCUGUGGCCCAACGGCCUCUCCCUGGACCACGGAACCGGCACCAUGUACUGGUGCGAUGCCUACUUCGACCACAUCGAGAGGAUGUUUCUCAACGGGACAGGUCGGAAGGUUGUGUACAGUGGAAAAGAAUUAAAGCACCCAUUUGGGAUUUCCCAUUACCGGACACAAGUCUUCUGGACCGAUUACAUGAACGGCUCCAUUUUCCGGCUGGAUCUUUCAUCGGGGAACAUCACACUCCUGAGGAGUGAGAGGCCCCCCCUGUUCGCACUCCGGGUUUACGACGCUCAGAGUCAGCAAGGGGCCGACAGUGAGUGUCGGAUAAACUACGGGGGCUGCAGCACCCUGUGUCUACCUAUUCCAGGGGGGCGCGUCUGUGCGUGUGCCGACAACCAGCAUCUGACGAAGAACAACUUCACCUGUUCAAGUGUGACGGGGGAGCCGGAGCGCUGCGGCAGUGGCGAGUUCCAGUGCCGCAACCACCGCUGCAUUCAGGCAUCAUGGAAAUGUGACGGGGAUGAUGACUGCUUGGACGGCAGCGAUGAGGACGCCCAUGUGUGCUAUAACCGCAGUUGCCCCCCUGACCAGUUUAGAUGCUUGAACAACCGCUGCAUCCCCAAGAGGUGGCUGUGCGAUGGGACCAACGACUGCGGGGGUGGAGAGGACGAGUCCAACUCCACGUGUGCCGCUCAGACAUGCCAAGCGGAUCAGUUCUCCUGUCACAAUGGCCGCUGUAUCCCGGAGUCCUGGCGUUGCGAUCGGGAUGACGAUUGCGGGGACCGCUCCGACGAGACGUCCUCAUGCACCUUCCCCACCUGCGAGCCCCUCGUCCAGUUUGCCUGCGCCAAUGGGAGGUGUGUCAGUGCCAAGUGGCAUUGUGAUUCGGAUAAUGACUGCGGUGAUGGCAGUGACGAGGUGGGCUGCUUGCACUCCUGCUCCAAUGCACAGUUCCAGUGCGCCAGUGGACGCUGCAUCCCGAACCACUGGGCCUGUGAUGGUGAUAACGACUGCGGAGACUUCAGCGAUGAAAAUUCCACCUGUGGGGGUGCUGCCCCACCUCCUCGCAGCGACUGUGGUGUAGAGGAGUUCCAGUGCGGUAGCGACUACACCUGCAUCCCCGAACGCUGGCGUUGCGACGGCGACAAGGACUGCGAGGACGGAAGCGACGAGUUUGCCUGUGAGGACAUCAAGAAGGUUUGCGACCCCAAGGCCAAGUUCACCUGCCAAGCGUCAGGCAAAUGCAUCAGUAAGAACUGGGUAUGUGAUGGCGACCAGGACUGCGAGGAUCGAUCGGACGAGAAAAAUUGUGGGGUGUCCGUCUGCAAGCCCCCCAAGUACCCCUGUGCCAAUGACACCUCCGUCUGUCUCCCACCGGAGCGCGUCUGCGAUGGGAGGAGUGACUGCGCAGACCAAUCAGACGAGGGGCCUUCCUGCGACGAGUGCGCCCUCACUAAUGGUGGCUGCAGCCACCUGUGCGUCCUGGUCCCUGGGAGGGGUCUGGCCUGCUCCUGUCCACUGGGCCUCCGUCUGGGCCCGGACAACCGCACCUGUGAGCUGGUGGAUUACUGUGGCCGGCACCUGCGCUGCAGCCAGGUGUGCGAGCAGUACAAGACCACCGUCAAGUGCUCCUGCUACCCAGGCUGGCGCCUGGGGCCCGACGGCGAGGACUGCCACAGCACAGAUCCCUUUGAGGCUUUCAUCAUCUUCUCCAUCCGUCACGAGAUCAGACGGAUAGACCUCCGCAAGCGAGAUUACAGCCUCCUCGUUCCUGGUUUAAGAAAUACCAUUGCCCUGGACUUCCACUUCAAUCAGAGUUUGCUCUACUGGACUGAUGUUGUGGAGGAUAAAAUUUACAGAGGAAAGCUUUCAGAGAGUGGAGGCGUGACUGGCAUUGAGGUGGUGGUGCAGCACGGCCUGGCCACACCGGAAGGACUGGCCGUCGACUGGAUCGCUGGGAAUCUCUACUGGAUCGACAGCAACUUGGACCAGAUCGAGGUGGCCAAGCUGGACGGCACCAUGCGGGCUACGCUGAUCGCUGGUGGCAUGGAGCACCCACGUGCUGUUGCCCUGGACCCUGCACACGGCAUCCUGUUCUGGACAGACUGGGAUUCUUCUUUCCCUCGCAUCGAAGCGGCCUCGAUGAGCGGGGAAGGACGCCAUGUUGUCUUUAAAGACAUGGAGAUUGGUGCGUGGCCUAACGGACUGACACUGGAUCAUCUAGAGAAGAGAAUCGUGUGGACAGAUGCACGGUCUGAUGCCAUAUACUCCGCCCUCUACGAUGGCAGCGGAGUCAUCGAGAUCCUGAGGGGCCACGAGUACCUGUCACAUCCCUUCGCCGUCUCCUUGUUUGGGGGUAACGUGUAUUGGACUGAUUGGAGGACCAACACACUGGCUAAAGCCAACAAAUGGACAGGCAGCAACGUGACAGUGAUCCAGAAGACCAGCGCUCAGCCCUUUGACCUGCAGAUCUACCACCCGAGCCGCCAGCCGCAAGUGUCAAACCCAUGCAAGGCCAACGACGGACGGGGCCCUUGCUCCCACAUAUGCCUCAUUAGCUACAACCGCACGGUGGCCUGCGCCUGCCCCCACCUCAUGAAGCUCUCUUCCAACAACCGCUCGUGCUUUGCCCUGAAGAAAUUCCUCUUGUAUGCCAGAAGGUCAGAAAUCCGGGGUGUGGAUGUGGACAAUCCAUACCUAAACAUCAUCACCGCCCUGACGGUGCCCGACAUCGAUGAUGUCACAGCAGUGGAUUACGACGCAGCAGACGAGCGGAUCUACUGGGCUGACGUGAAGACACAGACGAUAAAGCGUGCCUUCAUUAACGGCACUGGUUUGGAGACAGUUGUGUCAGGAGAUAUCGUAAACGUUCGCGGGCUGGCUUUAGACUGGCUGUCGAGGAACAUGUACUGGAUGAGCUCGGAGAACGACGAAUCGCAGAUUAAUGUGGCCCACUUCGACGGCUCGCUAAAAACCUCCAUUAUCCACGGGAUCGACAGGCCAAAGUGUCUCGUCGUUCACCCGUCAAAGGGGAAAAUCUACUGGACUGAUGGCAACACAGUAAACCUGGCGAACAUGGAUGGCAGCAAUAGUAAGAUCCUUCACCAAAACCAGAGGGAGCCUGUUGGCUUGUCGAUCGACUAUGCUGCCAACAAGCUCUACUGGAUCAGCUCUGGCAACAGCACCAUCAACAGGUGCAACCUGGAUGGCAGUGGCCUGGAAGUCCUGGAGCCAGUGAAGAAGCAGCUGGUGAAAGGCACCGCCCUUGCCAUCAUGGGUGGGAAGCUGUGGUGGGCCGAUGACAGUCUGGCGCAGCUGGGCAUCGUCACCAGGAGGGACGCCCGGAACAUGCUUGUGCUACGGAACAAGACCAAUGGCGUGCUGCACAUGAAGGUCUAUGACAGGGAGGGCCAGAAAGGGAGGAACCCCUGCCAGCUGAGCAAUGGCGGCUGUUCCCAGCUCUGCUUCCCCGUCUCGGAGACGAGCCGCACCUGCUCCUGCACGGUGGGCUACAGCCUGCGUAGUGACCGCCACUCCUGCGAAGGUAUCGGGGCCUUCCUAAUGUAUUCCAUCCACGAGGGGAUCCGAGGAAUCUCGCUCGACCCCAGCGACAGCAGCGAGGCCCUGAUGCCGGUUACCGGCACGCUGUUCGCUGUUGGCCUGGACUUUCACGCAGGAAACGACACUAUCUACUGGACAGACAUGGGCUUAAACCGCAUCUCCCGAGCGAAGAGAGACCAGACCUGGAAAGAAGACAUCAUCACAAACGGCCUCGGCAGGGUGGAAGGCAUUGCGGUGGACUGGAUUGCCGGGAACAUUUACUGGACGGACCAUGGCUUCAAUCUCAUUGAGAUCGCCCGCCUCAGCGGGUGGUACCGCUCUGUGGUUAUCUCUCAGGAGCUCGAUCAGCCGAGAGCCAUCGCCGUGCACCCAGUCCGAGGGUACAUGUUCUGGACUGAGUGGGGCCAGACACCAGGGAUCAGCAGAGCGCGACUGGACGGCUCCCAGCGGGUGGCCCUGGUCAGCUCCAACAUUGCCUGGCCCAACGGCAUCUCCAUUGACUACGAGUCUCUGGAUGAGAGGCCCAUGAGAGCUGGGCGCACUAACCCCUGUGCCCGCAACAACGGCGACUGCCAGCAGCUGUGUUUCUACCUGGGGGGCGGGCGGAGGACCUGCUCCUGCGCCCACGGAUACCUUUCUGAAGACGGCACGUCCUGCCAGCGGUACGACGGCUACCUGCUCUACUCGGAGCGCACCAUCCUGAAGAGCGUCCACCUGUCGGAUGAGAGCGACCUCAACUCGCCUGUCAGGCCGUACGAGAACCCGGCCUACUUCAAGAAUGUCAUCGCGCUGGCCGUUGACCAGCGGCAGGCCACUGCCGGAACCAACCGUAUCUUCUUCAGCGACGUCCAUUAUGGGAACAUCCAGGCCAUCAAUGACGACUGGACUGGAAGGAGGAUCCUCGUGGAAAAUGUGGGCUCAGUCGAGGGUCUGGCCUACCACCGCGGAUGGGAUACCUUGUACUGGACCAGCUCCAGCAGCUCAACCAUCACCCGCUACACCAUCGACCAGAGCCGUCGAGGGGCCUUUAACAGGGAAGCGGUGGUCCGGAUGUCAGAGGAGGACCACCCGCACGUUGUCGUCCUUGAUGAGUGUCAGAACCUCAUGUUCUGGACUAAUUGGAACGAGCAGCACCCGAGUAUCAUGAGAUCGACCCUGGCAGGAAAGAGCAUGCAGAUUAUUGUUAGCACGGACAUCAUUACCCCUAAUGGACUCACCAUUGAUCACAAGGCAGAGAAACUGUACUUUUCUGACGGGAGCCUUGGCAAAAUCGAAAGGUGUGAAUACGAUGGGACACAAAGAUAUGUCAUUGUGAAGUCAGGGCCGGGAACAUUUUUCGGCCUGGCUAUUUAUGGCGACUUCAUCUUUUGGUCAGAUUGGGUGCGAAGAUCCGUGCUCCGCUCCAAUAAGUAUACAGGUGAUGAAAUGAAAGUGCUUCGAGCCGACAUUCCGCACCAGCCAAUGGGAAUAGUCGCCGUUGCCCCGGAUACCAACAACUGUGAAAUGUCCUUGUGUAGAGUGGAAAACGGGGGAUGUGGUGACCUUUGCCUUCUGACGGCAGACGGCUCAGUAAAUUGCAGCUGCAGGGGAGAGCGCGUUUUACUGGAAGACAACCGAUGCGUGUCCCAGAACUCAUCCUGCAACAUACACACUGAGUUUGAGUGCGGGAAUGGCGAGUGCGUUGACUACCAAUUAACAUGCGACGGAGUGGCUCACUGCAAAGACAAAUCGGACGAGAAGAUGCAGUAUUGCGAUAACAGGAGCUGCAGGAAGGGCUUUCGGUCCUGCUACAACCAGCGAUGCAUCGUCAACAGUCGCUUCUGUGACGGCAUGGACGACUGCGGAGAUAAUUCUGAUGAGGCUUAUUGCGGCAACUCGACAUGCUCGUCCUCGGAAAUCCGCUGCCGGGACGGAGCGUGUGUCCCGUAUGCAGCCUGGUGCAACCAGAUGAUCGACUGCCCUGAUGCCUCUGACGAGAAGAACUGCAAUAGCACGGACUGUGCGGAUUACUACAAGCUCGGGGUGAAAGAAAGAGGAUUCGUCCGCUGCAACUCCACCUCCCUCUGCAUCCACCCGUCCUGGAUUUGCGACGGGGCCAAUGACUGUGGAGACUACGCGGACGAGACAGGCUGCCAGGUUUCCCGGGAACAGCAGUGCGACGACGGCCACUUCGCCUGUCCCAGCGGAAACUGCAUCUCCAGCGUGUGGCUGUGCGAUGGGCAGAGGGACUGUGAGGAUGGAGCUGAUGAGUUCCAGUGUGAUUCCUCCUGCUCGUGGAAUCAGUUUGCGUGCUCCAAAGAUAAGUGCAUCGCCAGGCAGUGGCUCUGCGAUGGCGACGACGACUGUGGCAAUGGCCUGGACGAGAGCGUGGACAUCUGCGGUUCUGCCACCUGCGGCCCUGGCUUGUUCAGCUGCCCCGGGUCCUAUGCCUGUGUGCCGCAGCGCUGGCUCUGCGACGGGGAGCGCGAUUGUCCGGAUGGCAGCGACGAGCUCUCCCCAGCCAGCUGCGCUCCCAACAACACGUGUGACGAGAACACCUUCCUGUGCCGAAACAAGGCCUGCAUUCCCAAGCGCUUUGUUUGUGACCAUGACGACGACUGCGGUGAUGGGUCCGACGAGUCCCCUGAAUGCGCUUACCGCUCCUGUGGGGAGGAGGAGUUUCGCUGCGCCGAUGGGCGGUGCCUUCUCAGUGCCCAGUGGGAGUGUGACGGCCAGCCCGACUGUGUAGAUGGCUCCGACGAGCUGCCCCGGAAUCCCAAGUGUUCUGCGGCAGAGAGCCUCUGCAAUGGCUCGUUCUUCAUGUGCGCCAACGGCCGCUGCGUCGCCGCUGCGGGCCUCUGUGAUGGGAGGGAUGACUGUGGCGACCGCUCGGACGAGCGAGACUGCCGCGUCAAUGAGUGCCUGAACCGGCGCAUCAGCGGCUGCUCCCAGGACUGCCAAGACCUCCCGGUCGGAUACAAGUGUAAAUGUUGGCCAGGAUUCCGCCUGAAGGAUGAUGGGAAAACCUGUGUUGACAUUGAUGAAUGCUCAUCCAGCCUGCCCUGUAGCCAGCUCUGUAUCAACAUGUAUGGAUCGUACAAGUGUCUGUGUGCAGACGGCUACGAAGCCCCAGCCAACAGUCCCAAUAGCUGCAAAUCCCUCUCAGCCGAGGAACCCUUUCUGAUACUGGCUGACCAUCACGAGAUCAGGAAAAUAAGUAUCGAUGGCUCCAAUUACACCCUCCUGAAGCAGGGCCUCAAUAACAUCAUCGCUCUCGACUUUGACUACAAGAAGGAGUUCAUAUACUGGGUGGAUUCCAGCCGGCCCAGCGGGCGCAGGAUAAACAGAAUGCGGCUGAACGGAAGCGACCUUAAGGUGGUCCACCGGUCUGCGGUGCCGAGCGCCCUGGCCGUGGACUGGAUCGGAAAGAACCUGUACUGGUGUGACACAGAGAGGCGCACCCUGGAGGUGUCCAAAGCAAAUGGCUUGUACCCCACCGUGCUUCUGGGCUCGGGCCUGAGGAAGCCUCAAGAUCUAGCUCUGGAUGCGCAGACGGGGUACAUCUUCUGGGUAGACUGUUGUGAGGACCCUCACAUCGGGCGGAUUGGCAUGGAUGGCAGCGACUACGCUGUGAUUAUCAACACCGAAGUCAAUAAUCCUGUGGCUUUAACCAUCGACUAUACAAACAAGAGGAUCUACUGGGCUGAUGGGAACCACAUCAUGCUUGCCAACAUGGAUGGUUCGCAGAGACACAAAAUACUGAACCCAGAUGCUCACAGCGUGAUGAGUCUUACGUUGUUUGAGGACCACGUCUACUGGACUGACGGGAAGACCAAGUCCCUCAAUCGCGGCCACAAAUCCUUGGGGGGCCAGAGAAUGGAAUUGCUCAGUUCCUGGCACGUCUUAACAGGCGUGAAGGUGUACCACCCCCUCCGUCAGCCCGACGUGCCAAAGCAUCAGUGUCAGAUGACAAACGGAGGCUGUAGCCACCUGUGCCUCAUCUCUCCUGGGGGUGGCUACAGGUGCGCCUGCCCAACCAACUUCUACCUCGCAGCUGACAACAAGACGUGUCUCUCCAACUGCACGGCCAGCCAGUUUCGCUGCGGGACAGACGAGUGCAUCCCCUUCUGGUGGAAGUGCGAUACUGUGGACGACUGUGGCGAUGGAUCUGAUGAGCCUGCAGACUGCCCGGAGUUCAAGUGCCAGCCGGGACGGUUCCAGUGUGGGACAGGCCUCUGCGCCCUCCCCCCAUUCAUCUGCGAUGGCGAGAAUGACUGCGGCGAUAAUUCUGACGAAGCCAACUGUGACUCGUAUGUCUGCCUGUCUGGCCAGUUCAAGUGCACUCAGAAGCAGAAAUGCAUCCCCCUGAACCUGCGCUGCAAUGGGCAGGAUGACUGCGGCGAUGCCGAGGAUGAGACCGACUGCCCGGAGAGCACAUGCUUGCCGGAACAGUUUCAGUGCAAGACAACCAUGCACUGCAUCUCCAAGUUAUGGGUCUGCGAUGAGGACCCCGACUGCGCAGACGGCUCUGACGAGGCCAACUGCGAUGAAAAGACAUGUGGACCUCACGAGUUCCGCUGCAAGAACAACAGCUGCAUCCCGGAGCACUGGAGAUGCGACGGCCAGAGCGACUGUGAAGACAGCUCUGACGAGGAGGCCUGCAGGCCAGUGACAUGCACCUUGAAGGAAUUUGCCUGUGCCAGUGGGGAAUGCAUCUCGGCGCGAUACCGCUGUGACGGAGAUGAGGACUGCGCCGACAAGUCGGAUGAGAAGGACUGCGAGAUGCGUUGCUCUGAGGACCAGUUCCAAUGUCUGAAUGGCCUGUGCAUCUCCCGCAAGUGGAUCUGUGAUGGGCAGGAGGACUGCAAGAUGGGGGAGGAUGAGAGCAGCUGCCAGAGCACAGUGGCGACUCCUUCCUGUGCGCUGGAUGAGUAUGACUGCACCAUUGGGGGCUGUGUCUCUGCCCGUCUGAGAUGUGAUGGCCACGACGACUGCCCAGACGCCUCGGACGAGGUGGACUGCACCCGAGAAUGCAAGGAGGACCAGUUCCUGUGCAAGAACCGGGCCCACUGCAUCCCGCGCCGGUGGCUGUGCGACGACAUGCACGACUGCAUGGACCACAGCGACGAGGCAGACUGUCACCACGGAGGCUAUUCUUGCCGAGCUGACGAGUUCAUUUGCAACAACACGCUGUGCAAGUUGCACGUGUGGGUGUGCGACGGCCAGGAUGACUGCGGGGACAACUCAGAUGAGGAUCCUGACAUGUGUGCAAAGCUACCCUGUCCGCCGACGCGACCGCACCGCUGCCGGAACGACAGAGUGUGCCUCCACGGCGAGCAGGUCUGCAACGGCGUUGAUGACUGCGGGGACAACUCGGAUGAAGACGACUGCGUAGGUGGCACAGCAGGGCGACCUCGACCCUGCGGGAAGGCGGAGUUCACCUGCAGUAACGGACGCUGCGUUGCUGCUGAGCUGCAGUGCGACCUGUUUGAUGACUGCGGAGACGGAGGCUCCGACGAGCGUAACUGCAAGGCCUCUCCUGAGGAAGGCCUCUGCGCGGGGAAAGUCAGUCUGUGCGGUAGUGAUGCACUCUGCAAUCAAACAGAAACUGAAGCAGUGUGUCAGUGCAGACCAGGCUUCCGGAGGAAUCCGCGGAAUCGGCAGUGUGAAGAAGUCAAUGAGUGUCUUCACUUUGGAACAUGCUCUCAUUACUGCACAAACACGAAAGGAUCUUUCAAGUGCACUUGUGACAGGAAUUUUAAAGAAAUUAAUGGAGUCUGUAUGGUGAAAGGACCAGAAGAUCAAGUGCUCUACAUAGCUAAUGACACUGAAAUCCGAGGUUUUGUGUAUCCAUUUAACCAGAGCCAUGGACACAAACAGCUAGCACGCACAGAGGACAAUGCCAGAAUCAUUGGAAUGGCGGCUCUCUUUCAUGGAAACAAGUUUAUCUGGGCUACCCAGUUUAAUCCUGGUGGAAUUUUUUACAGAGACAUCCUAAACAGAAGUCAAUCUAAAUCAAAUAGUGGAAUUAUAUGUCCAGAUUUCCGGAGGCCGAGGGAUAUCUCGGCUGACUGGGUAACAGGGAAUGUCUACUGGACAGAUCACUCCAGGAUGCACUGGUUCAGUUAUUACACAGCCCAUUGGACAAGGCUGAGGUACUCCAUCAAUGUGGGCCAGCUUGGGGCAUCAAAGUGUACCCGUCUAAUAACAGACAUCGCAGGGGAACCUUAUUCAAUUGCUGUCAACCCAACUCGAGGGAUGAUGUACUGGACAGUGAUCGGUGACCAUUCUCACAUCGAGGAGGCAGCCAUGGACGGCUCUAUGCGCCGGGUCCUUCUGGAGAAGAACCUUCGACGGCCAACGGGUCUGGCCGUGGAUUAUUUUAACCAGCGCUUGUACUGGGCUGAUGCAGAGCUCUCAGCGAUAGGGAGCAUCUGCUUUGACGGGUCCGAUUCCCGGGUGGCCAUCGGCAGCAAGAACGGAAUCUAUCAGCCUUAUAAAAUUGAUAUAUUUGAAGAUUAUAUCUAUGGAACUAGCCUGAAAAACAAAGUUUUCAGGGUUCACAAAUUUGGCAAAGGACUCGUUGAAGACCUUGAUCUAAGCAUAGAAAAAGCCUCCAGCGUCAUCAUAAUCCAUCGAUUCAAGCAGCAGGAUGUGAUGAACCCGUGUGCGGCGAUGAGCUGUGACUUCCUGUGCCUGCUCAACCCGACCGGUGCCAGCUGCUCCUGCCCGGAGGGGAAAGCGCUGAUUAACGGAUCCUGCGCCGACAGAGCUGCUUCAGGAGAUCUCUGCCGGCCGGCGUGCGAGAACGGAGGGCGCUGUGUCCCCAAUGAGAGGGGGGAGUCCCGCUGUUACUGCUGGCCCAACUUCUCCGGGGGACGUUGUGAAGUGAGCCACUGCAAGGACUACUGCCUGAAUGGGGGAACGUGCUCCAGCUCCCCCCUGGGUAAGCCCACCUGCCGCUGUGCCCUGGGAUUCACGGGACCGUACUGCGAGAGGCGAGUCUGUGAAAACUACUGUCUCAACGGGGGCACCUGCGACGUGAGCCAAGGCAACCAGCCCGUGUGCCGAUGCUUGGCUGAGUACACCGGCGACCGCUGUCUGCACCACAUCUGCCACCACUACUGCGUGAACUCCAAGGCAUGCACGCUGUCCAGCAAUGGCCAUGUCGAGUGUGUCUGCCCGACGCGCUAUGAAGGCAACCGGUGCGAGGUUGACAAGUGUCUACGUUGCCAUGGCGCCCCCUGCGUUGUUGACCAUGACACCGGCGAUGUGGCCUGCAACUGCACUCACGGCCGAGUAGCGUCAAGCUGUCAGUUGUGUGAUGGUUACUGCUACAACGGCGGUACCUGUCACCUGGACUCGGAGACCCACCUGCCGUUCUGUCAGUGUUCCGCCAACUGGUCAGGCACCCAGUGCGAGAGGCCCGCCCCCAAGAGCAGCCGAUCCGAUGACUCCAGCGGGAGAAGUAUUGCAAUCAUUGUCCCCCUUGUGCUCCUGGUCCUGUUAAUCACCACGGUGGUGGCAGGUGUUUUCAUCUGUAAAAGAAUGCAGAGGGGCAAGCGAGUUCAGCGGCAGCCGAUGUCUAAUGGGGGCAUGAAUGUGGAGAUCGGCAACCCAUCUUACAACAUGUACGAGGUCGACCACGACAACCACUCAGAUGCCGGGAGCAUCCUGCAUCCCAACUUCACGCUGGACCCUCACAAGGGCUGGUGUGUAAAAUCCAGCGAUUCCCGCAGCCUUCCCGUUCACACUGUCCCAAAGGAGCUCAUUCCCGGACAGUCCAUAAACUACUCGAACCCCAUAUACGCUAAGAUAUACCUUGACGGACAAAAUUGCCGGAAACCGGUUAUCAGCAUCGACGAGCGGCGAGAGCUUCUCCCAAAGAGACUGGAGGGGACGAUUCGGGAGACGGCUGCGUAGACUGCUUUUACACUCCUCUUUUGUACGCCCUGUAUAAAUGUAUAAAACAAAGGCGGAAAUGGAAGAUUUUCUAAGUCCUACCAGAAUGGUCCCUUUUUCCUUUUUUUUUGCCAACAGCGUUGCCGCUUCUUUCUGUUAGCGUGCUGACACUUCGGACUUCUCCAUUUUUACCCGUUUUUUUUCCCACAAAGAAUAUAAAUACUGCACUAUAUAUAUCAUAAAAACUGCUGCUGAUUUACCUUGUAUACAACAGAUCAGUUAAACCGUCAUUAUUUAGAAAGGUGUAAAAUUAUUUUAUAAUUUCCUUUUGCGUCUCUUUUUCAUCAAGAUGGAUAUACAAUCUUUAUUUUUUUUUCCUUUUUGUAGCCAAGGUUAAAUUCGUCUGGUUCACUUGUUAAAGGCAAACGUCGUAUGUGUAACCCGUGUGUAUUAACGAUAAAGGUCACUCUUUUU